CAACACUUCCGGUUUCCAACUUAAAACCGGAAGAACUGGCAACGUGAAUUUGUUUACGAAGCAACAGGAGCUAUUUCUUUACUGACAUACAUAAUUAUAAAUUUACGAUACUAAAAUGCCUAAGAAGAAGACAGGCCAGAGGAAAAAGGCCGAGAAGCAGAGACAAAGACAAAAAGAGAUUCGUUCGGUACAUGGUCAAAAGUCUCUUGCCGAAUAUCCGUGUAAUGCUGUAAUGGAUUGUGACAAGUGUAACAAAAGGCAGAAAAAUAGAGCUUUUUGUUAUUUUUGUUCGUCUGUGCAAAGAAUACCGAUGUGCGCUCAGUGCGGUAAAACUAAAUGUAUGCUGAAAACUGGAGAUUGCGUUGUGAAACAUCCGGCAAUGUUUGUUACAGGAUUAGCAAUGGUUGGUGCAAUAUGUGACUUUUGUGAAGCUUGGGUUUGCCAUGGACAAAAGUGUUUGACUAGUCACGCUUGUACAUGUGUUUUACAAGACGCUGUUUGUGUUGAAUGCCAAAGAGGUGUUUGGGAUCAUGGUGGAAGAGUGUUUACUUGUUCUUUUUGUGGAAAUUAUUUGUGUGAAGAUGAUCAGUUUGAACAUCAAGCAAGUUGUCAAUUUUUAGAAUCCGAAACUCUAAAAUGUCAGUCUUGCAACAGACUUGGUCAAUAUUCCUGUUUGAGGUGCAAGACUUGCUACUGUGAAGAUCAUGUACGCCGCAAAGGAUUUAAAUAUGAAAGAAAUCAACCUAUACCUUGUCCAAAAUGCGGAUAUGACACAAAACAAACAAAAGAUCUCAGUAUGUCAAUUCGCAAACAUGAUUAUGGCAGACAAGGUACCCAAGAUUAUGACGACGACGAUAGAGAAGGUUAUUAUGAUUAUGAAGCAUGUGGUGAUUAUACAGAUAAUUAUGAAUAUGGAAAUGAUGACGAAGAUGAAGAAGAGGAGGAGGAGGAGGAGGAAGAAGAGGACGAAGAGGAAGAUAAUGAAAAUGAGGAAGCAGCAAAUGAAAAAGCUACAUAAGACUCAUACAAAGUAAAAAAAAAAAAAAAAAAGAUUUUAUUGACGAAUAAUUAAAAAAAAAAAGUAAAUUAUUUAAAUUUUCAAAAUCAAAAGUUGAUGUAGAGAUUUUAAAAUUUUUGGAUAUGUUUUAAUAGAGUUAUUGUUGAGCAGGAUACUCAGAGAUUCCUGGAAUGCAUUUAUUUAUUUUAAUGCAAAGGAGAGAAAGGAUCGAUGUGUAAAUUUAUUUGCUUAGGUAGGCCAUUUUAAAACUCAUUUCUUGUUUCUAAGCAAAUGUUCAAUCUAUAAGAUGUUUGUAGUAAAAACAAAAAAAGAUUUCUUUCGAGAAUAAAUCUAUACUGUUUACUGUAAAACAAAUCAUAUGUCAUGUAAAACAAUUAUUCAAGUUCCGAGACAUUGUCCUAAGGCCAUUUGUGAUGCUUUAAAUUUUCCUUUUCCUCAAGUACACAAAUUCUUUGUUUAUUUAUCUUUUUUUUGUAAACUUUAAAGCUUUGCUUUUAUCUUCAUUUUGGUCUUAACUUGUCUAAUUGCCAGAUUUGUCGGGCUACUGCUAUGAUUAACUGAUUAUAAUUUGGCCGAAAGGUAGGUUGUUGGUCGCUAUGUGGUGUCAGUAUUAAUAAUUAGAAAUUAUUUAAAUUUAAUCUGUACUUUGAUAAGUCUGACAAUUAGAUAUUUGAUUUGAUAUUAACAAAUUGGAUGUUGUCCUGUUGUAAUUUAUUAAAUGUAAGGAAACUGAA